CAUUCCUUAUGUGGGUUUUAUUCCUGCAGCCUGCGGUCUUCAGCCCAGUCUCUCUGGAGGCAUAUUGAAUUUCCCAAGCAUCCAAAUGGUUUGGGGGAAGACUUCACGUUCCACAUGAGGGGCAUUGUGGAAUAUCAGAGGGAGAGUCAGAAGACCUGCAUUUGAAUUCAAACUUAGCUAUUAACUAGCUGUGUGGCCUGGGGAAUUCUAAGGCUCUCUCAGUAUCCUCAUCCGCAGAGCAGGAGCGAUAGUACAAUACUACUUUCCACAGCUGUCUUGAGCACCAAGAGAACUAAUGUACAUGAAGCAGCCUACUCCUCCCAGUUUUUCAGCGUAAGGGGAGGCUCCUCCUGGGAGGACUGGGGAUGAGAGACAGAGGAGACAGAGGCUGGGCAAACUCCAGGCUCUAGUUGUGCACAGAGACUGCCCAUAGACCUUCUCCCUCCCUAGCUUCCACUCAUGCACAGACAGACAUUAGCUGCUGUUCAGUAACUGAGAUAAUUGGUUUUAAAGUCUUUUCCUUAUCUUUGCCCCUGACAGGCAGAAGCUGUGUAGCAGCAGUGCACCUACGCAGACAGAGGGAGUGGUAACCAGAGAUAAGGUGUCCCCACCAUGGCCUACACUCAGUCCCUGGCCCAAGUCAAGGACCGGCUUCAGAUCCACAGCAUCCUGGCCCGGCAGUGCCUGGCCGAGUAUCUGGGUGUGUUUGUGCUCACACUCCUCAUACAGGGGACUUUGGCCCAGGCUGUCACCAGUGGAGGAACCAAAGGCAACUUCUUCAUCAUGUUUCUGGCUAGCUCUCUGGGUGUUAGGCUAGCCAUCUACAUCAGUGGUAAUGUCUCAGGGGCCCACCUGAAUCCAGCCUUCUCCCUGGUCAUGUGCCUCCUGGGAUGCCUCCCCUGGGCCAAGUUUCCCAUUUACUCCUUGGUGCAGUUGCUAUCUGCUUUCUGUGCCUCUGGAGCAUAGGUGUAUGCUCUCUAUCAUGAUGCCCUACAGAACUAUACAGGUGGGAACCUGACAGUGACUGGUCCCAAGGAGACAGCCUCCAUCUUUGUCACCUACCCUGCCCCCUAUCUGUCCCUGAGCAAUGGCUUCCUGGAUCAGGUUCUGGGCACCUGGAUGCUGAUUGUGGGGAUCUUAGCCAUCCUGGACACACGGAACAAGGGAGUGCCUGCGAGUGUGGAGCCUGUGGUAGUGGGGUUGCUGAUUCUGGCCAUCAGGCUAUCCAUGGGUGCCAGCUGUGGGUUCCCAAUCAACCCUGCCUGGGACCUCGACCCACGGCUUUUCACCUACGUGGCUGGCUGGGGCCCUGAAGUCUUCAGCGCUGGCAAUGGCUGGUUAGGCCCUCUAGGGAGGGCCACACUUAGCACAGCCACACACUAGUGGCUGGUGGCUCUGCACCAUCCUGAACACUCAGAGCCAGCUCAGGAUUUAGAGUGUGCCCAACCUGAAGCCUCAGACUCGGAAAGUCCUGCCGCAACUCAGGUGCAGGAGAGUAAGCUGUGAUUCUGACAUGACAGUCCUCACCUCCCUCAUGGACACUGAAGAGGGCCAGAGACCCAUGCCUGGUGACAAGAUGUUUGUUCUCUUUAUUAGUACACCAGGCCCUGGGCAGCUUCUCCGUUUACUCAUCUAGGCAUCGCUUCCUCCUAAACUGGGGAGGAUGCCUGGACAGGGAGAAUUGAAGAGGAUCAGGUAAGGGACCUAGGCUUUUCAUCGCCUCCUGCCCCAGGCAGGUUUUCGGACCCUGGACUUCCAGGAACGCAGUUCCUCAAAGUAGCCGCCAGAGGGUGCGCACCCUGGAACCCGGAUUGGGAAGGCUGCGGGAAUCCGCAGGAUCGUGGGGGCUGACCAUCUAGUGCGGGGCAUAACCCAGGGGACUUCCUCCAAAGCUUGGUCCCCACUGCCUGACUCCUUGCUCUCGUAACCUCAGCGCCGCCCGCCUUUCCGCUCACUGGGGCGCCUCGCAGAGAUUCAGCACCCCGCAGAUAGUAAUUAGGGGUACGGGGAGCCGCCUCCACCAAGGGGGCGUGGUGGGGGAAAAAAGGGAGGGCCGCCGGAGGAACACAGGCAUGCAAGCGCCUGGAGACUGGGAGAGCAAGCGGGAGAAACUGACGCACUGACCCAAUACCUAGACAUUCCGGGCUGUGUCAUUGAAGGAGAGGGUGAACAGUGAGAUGAGCCAGGGCGAGGAGAGAAGGCGAAGGAACAGAGGGAAUGAGCGUAGGGGUAAAGAAAGCUGGUGCGGAGGAAAAUUCUCGUCGUUCACCGCUCCCCUAAGUCUCUCACACAUUAGCAGAUAAACAGCGUUCUUCUGUUUCCUUUUUUUCCAAAAAAAAAAAAAAAAUCUCAGCGCUAUCUCGCCUCCAGACUUUUUUUUUUUUUUUUUUUUUUUGACCGGGGAUGGAUCGGAGAGUGGUUGGGACGGGGAUAGCGGCCUCACACUGCGGAGGAGCAACAGAGGGGUUAAGACCCUCCCCCUG